GCGGCGUUUCCGGGAAGAUGGCGGCGGUGGAAGUGGCUACGGAGCUAGGAACUGUGGUGACCGCUGUCGGGCCUAAGGCGAAGGACGAGGAAGAAGAAGAAGAGGAGGAGGAGGAGUCGCUGCCACCAUGCGAGACUGUGCGCUGGGCUCCCGUGGGGGCAGUGGCCGAGGCCGGUCCUGGGGCAGCGACGUUCUCAGAGGCGGCGGCAGCCGAAGAGCCUGGAGCGGCUCCGGGCUCUCCAUCCGACGCGACUGUCCGCACGCUGAGGCGGCUGGAAGCCGAGCGGCGGCAGCUGGAUUCGGCCCUGCUCGCGCUGUCCUCGCACUUCGCGCAGGUGCAGUUCCGUCUGCGCCAGGUAGUGCGCGGGGCGCCGGCGGAGCAGCAGCGUCUCCUGCGCGAGCUCGAAGACUUUGCCUUCCGCGGCUGUCCUCACGUCCUGGGUUACGAGGGGCUGGCGAACCCUUGUGGCGGUGACGAAAGCGAUGUGCUGCCGGGGGACCGGCCACGGGUGCGGGGUGAGGACCAGGGCUUGAGUGAACAGGAGAAACGGGAGCGCCUGGAAACCCAGAGGGAGAAGCAGAAAGAAUUGAUUCUGCAGCUGAAGACCCAGCUUGAUGACCUGGAGACGUUUGCCUAUCAGGAGGGUAGUUAUGACUCCCUGCCGCAGUCCGUGGUCUUGGAAAGACAGCGGGUGAUCAUCGAUGAGUUAAUAAAGAAACUGGACAUGAAUCUGAAUGAGGACAUCAGUUCCCUUUCCACUGAGGAGCUUCGUCAACGUGUGGACGCAGCAGUAGCUCAGAUUGUCAACCCAGCUCGGGUGAAAGAGCAGCUGGUGGAGCAGCUGAAAACCCAGAUCCGGGACCUUGAGAUGUUCAUCAGCUUCAUCCAAGAUGAAGUGGGAAGCCCCCUGCAGACAGGUGGACACUGUGAGUGCCAAGCCAGCGGGAAGGCGGGGAUCAGCUCCACCAGGGUGGGUGGCAGCACACUGCCCCCAGGACCCGGCAAAGCAAAGGCAGAAGACGCCAAGAAAGCCCGGGAGACAGGGCUGCACCUGAUGCGGAGGGCGCUGGCUGUGCUCCAGAUCUUCACUGUUAGCCAGCUGGGCUGUGCCACGGGCCAGAUCCCUCAAACCUUGUGGCAGAGGAGCCAGGCAGACAGAGACUACUCCCCCUUACUGAAAAGACUAGAAGUAUCGGUCGACAGAGUAAAGCAGCUAGCCUUGAGACAUCAGCCACAUGACCAUGUCAUCACUUCGGCCAACCUCCAGGACCUCUCUCUGGGAGGCAAGGAUGAGCUCACCACAGUUGUGAGGAAGGAGCUGACAGUGGCUGUGAGGGACCUGCUGGCCCAUGGACUGUGUGCCUCCUCCUCUGGGAUGAGCCUUGUCAUGGCCCCCAUUGCUUGCUUGUUGCCAGUUUUCUCCUCAGCCCCUGAGACCAUGCACCCAUGGGAGCUCUUUGUAAAGUACUACCAUGCCAAGAAUGGCCGUGCAUAUGUGGAAUCCCCGGCCCGGAAGCUCUCACAGUCCUUCGCUCUGCCUAUAAUGGGUGACACUGCUGUGACCCCCAAACAGAGCCUUCUGACAGCCAUCCAUCUGGUGCUGACAGAGCAUGACCCUUUCAAGCGCAGCGCUGACUCAGAACUGAAGGCAUUGGUGUGCAUGGCACUGAAUGAGCAGCGCCUGGUGUCCUGGGUGAACCUCAUCUGCAAGUCAGGGUCCCUCAUUGAGCCCCAUUACCAGCCCUGGAGCUACAUGGUCCACACAGGUUUUGAGAGUGCCCUCAACCUGCUCAGCCGCCUUAGCAGCCUCAAGUUCAGCCUUCCUGUAGACUUGGCCGUGCGCCAGCUCAAGAACAUCAAAGAUGCCUUUUGAUGAGAAUGCCUAACCUUAGCCCCCACACACCUUGCUGUAAAGACAUAGAUGUCGGCCGGGCGUGGUGGCGCACGCCUUUAAUCCCAGCACUCGGGAGGCAGAGGCAGGCGGAUUUCUGAG